AUUUGUCAGAAGAGAGAAAAGCCGAAGAAUUCGCACUUACCCAGCAGUGCUCAGAACUCAACCUUUCAUUCCACAUUUAUUCCAAUGGUCAUCCACUGGGUCGGAAAUAGCAACCAUCCAUGGACUAUCCCAGAGCAUGAUAAAUUUUCAGACACUCUCGAGGAUAUCUACAAGGCGGUGUAUUCCCAACCUGGAGACUUUCAGUAUGAUGAUGGCUGCAAUUUCGCCUUCAAUCUUGUAUCCCAAAGGAUCUCUGAAUGGAGAGGAAAUUUCGGCUCCACCACUAUCAGCAUUCUCAUGGCAUUUUUUGCCUCCACGGAUGAAUACGAGACUAAGGAGGCACGGCAAGCAUACGCCGAAUAUCAACUCGAAGAUUCACGCUUUGUGUAUGAAGAUCCAGAUAGUAAAGACUCACCCGGAGCUUUCUUAUCAGAAUUCAUUUUGCGCAUCUUCGCUGUUCAACUCAACGCCACCCAAGGACGCCAGAUAAUUGACUCGCUUGACUUUGAGUUACCUGGAUAUGCAACAGCCCUUGCACUGACCACCGCAGCCAUGAGUUUUGCAUUGCCUUUACAAAACUUACUAACUUGUCAUUUACAGGCCGAGUGUGCACUUAUUUUAGCUCGCGACGACCUCAUCGUGGAAGAUACUUCGGACCACAGGAAACACAAGAUCAUGUUGAUGCUCAACCAUGCCACCAAAAAAAUGACUAACACAGGCACUGCUGUUUCUUCAGCCAAUUGGGAGACUGAUACGAUCAUGUACAUGGAGCGAAUUGAGGAGCUGCCCUUCGACCGCGUGAAAGAAAUCGUUCAACGAUCUCAAGCGUACAUGAAGCGUACUUGCUGCAGGGGUCCAGAUGAAGGCACUAUUCCUGAUGAUGGAAGUCAGGUCCCCAUGAAUCCACGUUCGUGUAUCCGUAUCUGUAGUAUUUGUUUCUUUAUCUCAAUUUUCUUGCUCUGA